UUGGCCACCGUAAGAGUCUGAGGAUGACUAAGCUGCCACUACUAUGUUGGGGAUCUUGGCUGUAUAGUCUAUAGAAAUAGAAUUAAAGUCAACGAGCCAGUUGUAAGUUUUGUGGGAUUGUUUCGUUUUGUAUUAUCUCUGCAAAAGAUGUGGAUUUUUGGCUGGAAAGGGCAAUCUGGUUUCUCAGCCCGUUCAACAGCAGAGGAAGUUACCCAAGGAAUUGAUGGAACUGGUCUCACUGCCAUUGUUACAGGAUCAUCAAGUGGCAUUGGUGUAGAGACGACGCGUGUUCUUGCGUUGCGUGGUGUCCAUGUCAUUAUGGCGGUGAGGAAUAUGGAUGCCGGUAGGAACGUCAAAGAACAAAUUCUUAAGGAAAUCCCCAAUGCCAAAAUUGAUGUCAUGCAGUUAGAUCUUAGCUCAAUGGGAUCGGUGAGGAAAUUUGCAUCAGAAUAUAAUGAAUCAGGUCUUCCACUGAAUCUCCUCAUUAACAAUGCAGGGGUGAUGGCGAGCCCAUUCAUGCUUUCCCAAGACAACAUCGAACUGCAGUUUGCAACUAAUCAUUUAGGUAUGUGGGGUCAUUUUCUUUUGACAAACCUUCUAUUGGAUACCAUGAAAAAAACUGCUCGUGAAAGCAACAAAGAGGGGAGGAUUGUUAUUGUAGCAUCCGAGGGUCACCGAUUUGUGUAUCGUGAAGGGAUUCGUUUUGAUAAGAUCAAUGAUGAAUCAGGAUACAACAUGUUAUUUGCUUAUGGGCAAUCAAAGCUUGCCAAUAUAUUGCAUGCUAAUGAGCUUGCGAGGCGCUUGAAGGAAGAAGGGGUGGAGAUAACUGCUAAUUCCCUUCAUCCAGGUGCAAUUGUUACAAAUCUUCUGCGUCACCACAGUUUCAUUAGUGUUAUUGCCAGUACACUUGGUAAAUAUGUGCUUAAAAAUGUUCAUCAGGGAGCAGCAACUCAAUGCUAUGUUGCAUUGCAUCCACAAGUUAAAGAAGUAAGUGGUGAAUAUUUCAUGGAUAGUAAUGAAGCGAAAGGCAGCUCUCAGGCUAAUGAUGCAGAAUUAGCAAAGAAAUUAUGGGACUUCAGUUUGAGCUUGACUAGCCAAAACUAGUCAGGGUUUAAGGCAUUCGUUUGAGUUGUACACUCUCUGUCCUUCGAAGAACUGAUAAAACUCGUACUUUGUACUUUGGACGAGUGUCUUAUGCUUUUAAUGAUAUUUUGAUUACUUGUAUUAUGAAAAAACUAAUAAAAUUAGAAUACGUAGACAAUAUUCCAAUUUACACAA